AGAACAGAAAAACUGUCAUACUAGUUAGUAUUACUAUUACUGUUGAACUGAUAUGGGUGUUAGUAUUGUGUUAAACUGACUAAAUUCAGAAUUGCGGGUUAAGAGCUUUUAUCGAUAAAUGAUUUUUAUUUCCGUAGAGUAAUCAACACUAAAUCAACUCUACUAAAAAAUGACUUUAUAUCAUUUUGGUAACUGUUUAGCUCUAGUUUAUGUACCUUAUUACCUAACCUAUAAACAUUCUGGCUUAUCAGAAUAUGGAGCGUUCUGGAAGUGUAUUCAAGCUGGUGGUAUCUACAUAUUCACACAGUUGUGCAAGAUGAUGGUUUUAGCCACAUUUUUUCCUGCGACAGACACGGGACCUCAUGAAAGUGUAGAUUUUUUUGGGGAAUUCCUAAAAGCUACAGUGGACUUGGCGGACCUGGGCGGUCUGUAUCUUGUCCUGGCGGGCAUUCCUGGCAAAGGUCAUGCCAAAGUACUGACAGCAGGUGUGGGCUGGGCUGGGGCAGAGUUGGUGUUAUCGCGGUGUCUGCUGCUUUGGGUUGGUGCAAGAGGCGCCGAGUUUGACUGGAAGUACAUCCAGAAGAGCCUAGAGUCUAAUAUUAGUCUUGUACAACACAUAACAACGGUAACACUUGUCUGGCUGUGGUCCAGACAUGACCUGACAGACUACCUCAAGCCUUUUGUCACUGCCUUGUUGCUGCUCUGCUCCUACAAACCUCUUCUCAUGGACCUUCUAGUUCAGGUAACAGCCACAGGACCUUGGGUAGCACUUCUGCUGCGGUCUGUGUUCACUCUGUGCCUCGGAGCUACCACACUUCAGAUUUAUGCUGGAUUAGCCCAGACUAUCGGAAUUUACUGAACUUGGAACUGAAAAUCCAUGUGACCAUUUUUUCCUUAAAGGUGUUUUAAAAACAUCGGUUUUGGAAAUAGAAAACUAAGUGAUGUGAAAGUUGUCAAAUAUGUUAUGAAACUAAGCUUCAGAGCGUUAUGAAUAUUUCAACCAUUAACUGAUGGUUAAAACAUCCAUAAUGCUUUGAAGCUUAGUUCGUAACAUAUUUGACAACUUUCAGCAGUAAUAUUAAUAUUUCAAAAGUCAAUUGUACAAUCAAAUAAAAAAUUGCUUUUCAAGAACUACAUCUCAUUUUUGU